CAAUGUCAUUCUUGUCAAACACUUGGAGAGAGAGGGGCGUUUGUUAUUGAUUCCCAGACAUAAUCAAGAAGUGAUUGGAUUCAAGUGAUUAUUGAGAAUUUAGUGGAACCAAUUUUUCUACAGGAAUCAGGAAUUCCUGUUUAAUCUCAAAAUGACGAUUUUAACAAAAGCAUUUUCCGAGAAAAAGGACAAACUUGUAGUUCCUUUGGUGGAAAACGAUCCUGCUGCGACUGCUCCUGAUGUGGACGUCGAAGGCCAGAACGUCCACCGCCGCAUCAUAAUUUUUCCAGCUCACGCCAGACGGGUGUCUUCCUCUACCAUCUUAUGCCUUUUGAUUAUCGCUUUGGCAGGAGUCAGCGUAGGAAUCAUCGGCGGCAAGAUCCUGUACAAUGAAUACCUCAGUGUUACCCGAAGAAUCCCUAUCCAAGAUGCUUACGAACGGUCUCAAGGUUGGGUACGAAUUCCAUUACCGCAAAUGGAAGACGACUACGAAGACAUCACCGAAGAUGAUACCGUAAAAAUGUUGAACGAUCAGGACUUGAAAAAGUGGAACGACAAUGACGACUGGAAACGGAUCCUGAACAGGAACUUCUUCCAGGAAAACUUCCAAAUCGACGCGUCAAACAAAUACGAAAAAAUCGACGUUCCGGAUUUCAGAAACGGCCGCAACGGACGUUUCAUCCACGACUUUAACACCAACUAUACUGGAAUUAUUGAUGUAACAGGAGGAAGAUGUUUCGUUAUGCCUUUGAACAGAGGCAACGUAUUGCCUCCAAGUUCCCUUUUCGAUUUGGUCCAUAAGAUGUGGGACGGUUACUACAAAGUCGAUACUGAAGUUGUCAGAGAAUCCAUGAGAGUUAUCACUCCCCCUAUUACAGACACUACCGAUAUUGGUCAAUAUAUUGCAAACGAAUGCCAGAGUAUGCCUAUUUAUAGAUUGGAAAAAUACGUUGGAGGAGUAACCAAACGUUCAGCAAAUCCAGAGUCUGAAGCUAAAUUCGGUCAAUUUGCUGGCAAAGGUAUUUUGGAAUUGAGCAUUGUCAAUUUGGAUUCGGUGCUUGAAUAUGAAAAAGGAAAAAGCGCUGUUGUUAAUCAAGCAGAAUAAAUAUUUCAAUUAAAUAUAUUAAUUAAUAACUUUUAACGUGUUUGUAUGUCGUUUAAACAGUAAAUUAAAUAUUAAGUUUCUCUAGAAACGUUACAAGGUAUAUAGAAAACAAUUAUUACAAUAACAAUAUUUUUAUGUUUAUUUAUACGUGGUGAUUUAUGAUUGUCCUUGUGUAAUGUUUAGUUUUAUUUUAUUCCUAAUUGGCGACUGUGUAGAUAGUACUUUCUUGUAGGAGUGCAAAAUGAGUAUAGAUUUAUUGUUUAUCUUUUUCGAGGUGUUCAAUCAUCAUAUAAUUAUUAUACUAUAGUUAUAAUAAACAAUACCCUGGAACUUAAUCUUGUUCUUGAAUUUUGUUAUCAUAUCUUAAAUAAAGUAGUUCGUUUUUAUAUUA